UCUGUCAUUGGUUUUAUUAGAAAACAUUAAAUUGUGGCCUGGCAAAUGGAGACAAUCCAGUUGGUACAAGUGGUACUUUUUAAGGACACUGUGAAACUGUCGGGCACAUCCCGUUUUCUUAAUUUGCAAUAAAAUCCAGCACUACCUUCCAGCAGCCCUGUGAACUCUGCGUGUUGCUGCUAUCCUGCCAGACAGCGGUGCCGCCCGCGGGAGUGCAGGGAAUGACCCCAGAGCAGGAUCCAUCCCCGUGAUCACUGUGAUGACUGUGACACCCGGAGCAGGAUCCAUUUCCAUGGUCUCUGUGAUCCCUGCCGGCAGCGAUAACGGAAUGCUUGCGGGAUUAGAGCCGCGGGCUGGGCUUGCAUCAGCGCUGGAGGGUCCAACGCUCACCGCAGGCGUUACCUCAGCCCAGCCCGGGCAGAGCCCCGGGGGGACGCCCGGCACAGCCCGGGCACAUCCGCGGGCAGAUCCCAGGCAGAGCCUCCGGCAGAUCCGGAGCAGAUCCCCGGGCAGAGCAGCGGGCAAAUCCCGCUCAGAUCCCAGAGCAGACAUCAACAACACCCCCGGGCACAUCCCGCCCCAGAGCCGACGCAAGCGAGCCGCGCGGUGCGCCUCCUGGCAGGCAGCAGCGCGGACAGCCCCGUCGGGGCGGGGAGCUGGAGGCAGGCACCGCGCGGGGCAGCCCCGGCCCGCGCGCCGCCGUAUAUAAGCGUUGCGGGGUCCUCGGGCGCGGUCCUGUCACGCUCGCACGGGGACGAGGCCGCGGCGGCGAUGGCGGAUUUCGAUCCCUACGACGACCGGGCCUACAGCAGCUUCGGCGGCGGCCGUGGGUCUCGUGGUGGCGGCCUUGGCUCCCGCAGGAAUAAAGAGCUGCCCACAGAACCCCCUUUCACAGCUUAUGUGGGAAAUCUGCCCUUCAACACUGUCCAAGGAGACAUAGAUGCCAUUUUCAAGGAUCUCAGCAUAAGGAGCGUACGACUAGUCAGAGACAAGGAAACAGACAAAUUUAAAGGAUUUUGUUACGUAGAGUUUGAUGAGGUGGAGUCACUCAAGGAAGCUCUUACAUACGAUGGUGCACUUUUGGGUGACCGAUCACUCCGAGUGGACAUAGCAGAAGGCAGGAAACAGGAUAAAGGUGGCUUUGGCUUCAGAAAAGGUGGCGGGCCUGAUGACAGAGGAAUGGGAGGAGGUUCCAGAGAAUCCAGAGGAGGUGGAUGGGAUUCCAGAGAUGACUUCAAUUCUGGAUUCAAAGAUGAUGACUUCUUGGGAGGUCGGGGCAGAGGAACCCGCCCUGGAGACCGGCGGCCACCAGGUGCCUCCAUGGGGAGCGGUGGCACCGGUCGCUUCAGAGAUGGGCCUCCCCUUCGUGGGUCCUCCAUGGACUUCAGAGAGCCAACAGAAGAGGAAAGAGCACAGCGACCCCGGCUCCAGCUCAAGCCUCGAACAGUCGAUACUCCCCUCAAUCAAGUAGCCAAUCCAAACUCUGCCAUCUUCGGAGGAGCCAAGCCCCGCGAGGAAGUAGUAAAAGAACACGACUGAGCUUGGGGUUGAGAGGGAAUGGGGAGGCGGGAGAGAAAGCAAGACAGUACAGAGUGACUAGCUCUGCUGGAAUGUCAACCCUGCAGUUUACCAUUCCUGCCAUCUGGUAUUUGUCCUCUUUGAAACCGAAAACACAGAGCUUGUGAAUGCAUGUCAGCUGUUAACAAGUGGUUUUUAGUACGUUCUUGGCUUUGCUGUAUCUAGUGCCUGCUUUGUGCUGAGUUUCCCUCUUCUGUUUCCUUCCAAGCAGCACAGUUGCCAGUAGAUAAGGCAGUGUGGCUGCUUCCACAAGUGUGGAGGUCUCUGGACAAAGGUGCUGCUUCACUUUUUCCUUUCUGGGUUUGUUUUACUUUAGAAGCACAGGUUAGACUUAGUUAUUUCCCUGUAUUGUUUCCUUUUACUUCCUCAGUGUUCCUCUUCUGACUUGCAUGUCUCGUUCUGUAUUGCUGUGGCUCUGAAGAGGAAAACUGAAGAGUCCAGAUGAGUUGAACAGAAAUUUACAGUUCUAACCAAGUAGUGAAAUACCAUUUAUGACAAUUGGUGAUAGUCACUGUUCACAGCAGAGCCCCUUAUUAAACUAAGGGGAGCAGCUGCCCUUUCACAUGGGUUGCCAGGAAGGAUCAAUUUAAUGGAUGCCUUGCCUGACAAGCCUGGUGAAUAGCUGGUGGAAUCAGUAUUGAUAAAGCCUCUGCCAGCAGCCUCUUCCUGCUGGCUCUUGACUUCCAAAUGGUAUGAUGCCACUACAACUCUGAGCUCAAGGUUAGUGCUGCAAAGCCAUGCCUGUUUGAGCACAACUGCUCACUGGCUCUUUCUGCUUACUUUUUUGGGUUUUACAUGUUUGGUAAAUUUUUAAAUGAAGUUUCUACAAAUAAAAUUUACUUUUUUAUUUUUGUUGAAGGAGUGUAUACUUUGCCAUGCAGUAUUUGAUCGUCACUAUCCCCCUGUAUUUCUUUGCCCAGUGGGGUACAGUUUUAGGACCUCAGCUUUCAGAAUACCUUGAAAAAGAUUAGAAAUCUUUCUGCUAUAGAUUCUCAUGUAGAAGUUUGGGUAAAAAGCAGCUUUUGUUACUAUACCUCUCUUCACUUGAAAUGUUUCUUGUCAGUGUUGUGUGGGAGGAGGGAGGGGAGGCUGAAGCAAAAGGAGAAAUCAUUAAUGUUUAAAACUAAAACCUGGUUCUACCACACUGAAGUCUGGACGUGUCCAGUGUAUGGGAAAAGCUUGGGCCCAUAUUGCCAGUGCUGAGAGCCUUCAGAUAAACCAGCCAGCACCCCAGAGUACUUACAAGGAGGUUGGAAGCACGGCUGCCCCACUACCAGCACCACUGCUAGUGAAUUUCUUCCCUAAGGUUCCCAUUGUAAGUCAGAGUCCCAGCAAUUUACAGAACUACUCUUUCCUUCUUUCUGCCUUUCACUUAAUCUGCUUCUGAGAUAAGAACCAUUUGUCUAACACUAAUACUUAAUUUAAGACAGACAUGCAUUUGUGUGGUUGUAUUCCAAACCAAUAAUUGAUCUAUUUACAUCUUCAAUGUGGAAAAGAUUUUAAGAACAAAUUCCCAUAUAAAAACUCACUUCUAGUCAAGACAGUUGACUUUUAAAUGUAAAAACAAAGGAGAAAAAAAAAAAAAGAAUUCCAAACACUUAGCACAUUCUGCUUCAUAACAAAAUAAAUUUAUGGAUAUGGUAUUUUGUGAAUGAUCUUUUAAAUAAAAGAAAACAUUAAGUAAUA